AUGUUAGACCACACCAGGCUGACGACCAAGUUAACGACGAGCUAUAAUGCGGAAGAAAAAAUCUGGUCAGGUGCCGGAACGCAAAGUUCUUACAACGACGAUUUAACAAUUGCCCAGCUUAUAUUUAAUCAGCUGCAAAGUGAGCCUGAGAGAGUUUUUCAAAUUUCCAUUGCCGAAAAUAGGCAACUGACUCGCGGUCAAAUGCUCGAGAAUGCAACGAAAGUAAGUGCAUACUUACGGCAAGAAGGACUCAUCGAGGAGUCGCAUAACGUGGGCAUCCUGGCAAGAAAUACAACACAUUUGGCUACAUUGGCCUAUGGCUGCAUAUUCAAUGGAACGCCCUUUAGUGCUGCUAAUCCCAACAUGGACGAACCUAAGAUUCGUGAUUUGUUUAACCUUAUUAAACCACAAAUCAUUUUCUGUGUUGUUGAAGACUGUGAGAAGGCCAAAAGUGUAGCGAAAUCAUUGGGAGCAAAGAUAAUAACUAUCGAUGGAAGUUCGAGAGGUGUAACAAGCAUUGCUGACAUAUUAACAACUCCAUUAGAAAAGGAUUACAAGCCAGAAUGCUUUCGAAGGAGCAGAGAUAGCACGAUGGCCAUACUUCACACCUCUGGGUCAACGGGCACCCCAAAAGCAGUAACGAUACCCAACAAUCCCAUUUUAUUUGAAGCCUUCAGCUAUCUUGGCGCAAAUGAUGUGCAAUAUACACCAAGUUCACUCGAUUGGGUUUCUGGAUUAAUCAAGCUGAUCACGUCGGGUGUUAAUAGCACAUUGAGUCUAAUUUCCGAGCAGCCAUUUAGUCCUGAACAUUUUUUUGACCAUAUGUGA